AUGGAAUUUGGCUACAGAGACCAUCUUCAACUAGACACCGGCACCGAUGAUAUGGACAAAGAUAGACGGAUGGUCGACAUCGUCGGUUCACCUGAUGUCCAUAACGUUAUCUUCCGUGCCGCACGUACAGCCCGGAGACGCAUCCUCUACAAUAUCAUACACACUGUUUUACCGCAAUUGUUAUUAUUUGUUCAUAUUUUUAAUUUUUUAUUUUAAAUUAUCGUAGGACGAACACUACCGAUCCCGGUGUACUGCCGGGUGUGUGGUGAUAAGUCGUUUGGAAAACACUACGGCGUUUACUGCUGCGAUGGUUGCUCUUGUUUCUUCAAGCGGAGUGUCAGGCGGAGGAUCGUAUAUACGUGUAUUGCCGGCACGGGUCAAUGUAUUGUGGACAAGGCGAGAAGAAAUUGGUGCCCGUUUUGUAGACUUCAAAAGUGUAUGAGGGUCAACAUGAAUGUUUCUGCCGUUCAAGACGAACGAGGUCCGAGAAAGUCCAAGUUGCCUAAAAUAACUGAAAUCAACACCGUUGAGACAAGAAACUGGAAGACAAGAAGUGAAUACGUAUACGAAAUUGGCGCCCAAAUAUUUUUAACGAGUCUCAGGCAGUGUAGAUUCAACGAAUCUAUGGCUAUAUUACCAAACGCUGUCCAAAAUGAAAUACUCAAUAAGACGUGGCAUCAAUCGUUCGUGCUAAUGGCGGCGUUUUGGCCAACGAACCUCAUAACACUUUUAUCUGGAUCUAACUCAAGCAUCGAGCAUAUAGUCGCCACGUUAAUCGCCAGUCACCGGGCUAUGAGACUCGAUUCGGUCGAAUAUAAUUUAGUGCUUACCCUCGUCCUGUGUCGACCCGAUCUAUGCGAUACAGCGGAGUUUAGAAACGACUUGACCGCUAUCGGAACAAACGCCAAGGACGCUCUGAUGAAACACGCUGCGUUCAAGUCACCGACCAGAUACUACGGUAUAUUGGCCUGUAUACUUUCCGUCACAGAAGACAUCGCGGGAUACAUAAAAAUAAUUUUUUUCGAACCAUCCGUCAGAAACGUACCGAUGAACCACCUUGUGUCGGUCAUUACUUAGACACUUUAUAAUUUAUUUAUUUUCUAGUCAGCUUCUACA